AUGUUUGUUAAGAAAAUUUCAAGAAUAAUUAAAGAUGAUGCAGAGAUUAAAUUUCAUGUAGAUCUUAUUACAGACGGGACAGUUCCUAAACAAUUUCAUAUUAGUACGCAACGAUCCAUGCCUGUUGUGAAAGUUUUCGGCUCUUUUGGGUAUAUUAUGUUCUCAUCGAAACAAUCAUAUGAUAGAUUUAAGGUUUCACCAAAGACUGAAUUCAAUGACUACGAUUAUGACGGAGUUGGGAUACCGUUGUUACAAAUUGUUAGAGAUGAAGAUCUUAGGUUACCGUUUUCUAGUAAAGAGGCUAGUGUUUUCAAGAUUUAUAAAUUUGAAAUUAAAAGUGUGAAGGAACCACCGCCAUAUGAUAAGAAAGCUGUUUUGAUAGAGAACAAUGGACGAUUUAAACUUUAUAAAGUACCAUUUUGUCAAAUUUAUAAGAAGUCAUCGUUUACUAAUGUGGAAUAUGUGUUUAGGUUUAUGAAUGGUCCAAUUGGGAAAACGAAGUAUGGAACUAUACAUCGUCGUGAGUUCCGUGAUUUAUAUACCAAAUUAGAUGAUAAAAUUAAUUUUAGGUGGCAUAUUGAUUAUAAUCCUAUCAUGACUAAUGAUCAUUAUAUUUUGGAACUUUUGGAUGAAAUUGAAGUUUCGUUAUUAGAUUCUGAUAUUGUGAAAAGAGAAAAGAAGAAGCUAGAAAAUUCUCACAAGUGUCAUAAUCAUAUUAUGGGACAUUAUACGAAGCAAACAGGUGAUUUAUUUCCUGGAAUUCUUUGUAAAGAGGGGGAACUUAUUAUGGGGGAACUUCUUGAGAAUGUAGGAAAGUAUGGUAUUACAGAUGUCCCAUGGUUGACUCAAGUGUUUGCUUGUCAGAGUUUAUUACUUCAUUAUCUUGAUCAUGAUAAAGAAAAAGAAAAGAAAGGAAAGAGUAGGAAUAGACAUCGAUCAUUGUUUUCUUCAAUUCAAUAA